AUGAAGGCUGCGCUUUACUUCGACAACGCGGACGGGUUCGGAGAGUGGCAAAUUCUGAUAUCUACGGAGGCCUACAAACAUUUGCGUGAAUUCCGUAGAGCAGAUAAGAAGACAUUCAAGAUCAUCUUCAAGAAGAUCAAACAACUAUCGAAUGGCCAUUUUUCAGAUGAUAAUCAUAAGCGACUUAACGGGCCGGAUGCAGGCAUACCCAUCUACGAUGCCAAGAUGACAAAGGACCUACAAUUAGUGUACCAAAUUGAUUGUGUCCCUGACCAAGAUGGAAAGGUACUAAUCAAGAUAUACGGCAUUUAUAUGGAUGCUCAGCUUGACGGAAUAUGGGAUGCCUUGGGUAGCCAUCUCGCACGCAAGGGCAGAGAAUAUCUGAAUCGUUGCUUGUGCAGGUGUACCUUUCGGAACAGGCCAGUCCUAUCUAAAGACAAUGCGAUUCUGCCUGCGUCAUUCCCGCUAGCUGAACCUGAGCCAGAGUGCUCAGGAGGCCCACUUAAUCUUAGUAAUAAGGACAUGGACCACGUUGAUGAUCAUGUAGUUGGCUCGCCACUUAUUCUCAUCUUUGCAAAAGGUCUCAUCGCAGACCAAGAUGUACAGCACGUCUUUAUGCUCACUCCUCAAGAACAAAAGAUUGUCGAAUGUACUACGUCAUGUUACGUAUUGGGUCGCAGCGGCACGGGCAAAACCACGACGAUGCUGUUUAAGAUUCUCGGCAUUCAGCGAGCUUGGGAGAUGAGUGCCGUCGACAUGCCGAAGCCACGCCAAAUCUUUGUCACCAAAUCCAGAGUGCUCGCUACGAAAGUAGAAGAGUAUUUCAUGAAGCUUCUAGAAUCUCUGGCGUUAGCAGGCUAUACCCUGGAGGAACUUGCAAAAAUGAAGGCACGAAGUGUUCAGGAGGGCCUUGUUGAUCUCGACGACCUGCCCGAAUCACAGAUGAAUAUACCGAUGAAAUACAGCGAACUUGAGGAUAAGCACUUUCCUCUUUUUCUCACUUUCGAUCGAGUGCAUAUCUUGAGCAAGAAAGACAGCGCAGAAGUUUUCUUCAAUGUUGAGGAUGCUGACGCGCAUGACUGUUUCGUCACCUAUGACGUAUUCGCAAAUCAAUACUGGCCUCAUUUUCCACAGAAUCUCAGCAAGAAUCUCAGUAGGAUCGUCAAAGGCUCCGAACACGCACUGACCUGUCCUGAAGGAGUUCUCGAUCGCCCAAACUACCUCCGUCUUCCUCAUCGUUCUAACCCAAAUUUUGCGAAUCAGAGGGGAGUUCUGUACGACAUAUUCGAGCAUUAUACGAAAAUCAAGAGGCAGCGAAGUCAUCAUGAUGUUGCAGACCGCACGCAUGCAAUACUCAAGGUCUUGCGAAGCAAAGAAUUCCCUGGAAAACAGAUCGAUUAUCUGUAUGUCGAUGAAGCACAAGACAACCUUCUGAUCGACGCACUCUUUUUGAGGCAACUAUGCAGGAAUCCAGACGGUUUGUUCUGGGCUGGGGACACCGCACAGACGAUCUCUGCAGGGAGUUCCUUCAGGUUCGAUGACCUGAAAGCGUUUCUCUACCGUGUGGAGCAGCAAAAUAUUUCGGUCAAUUCCGCUGGGGCAUGUCUUCGUCAGCCUGUGAUGUUUCAAUUGGCGAUCAACUACAGAUCGCAUGGUGGUAUCGUCAACUGUGCACGUUCUGUGAUCGAACUCAUUACAAAGUUUUGGCCCAACACAAUUGACACACUUCAACCAGAAAUGGGGGUGGUUGACGGGCUGAAGCCUGUGUUUUUUACAGGUUGGGAUAAAGCUACCGUUCAUCAUGAGCAGUUCUUGUUUGGGACGAAGGGUGGUCAUAUUGAGUUCGGAGCCGAGCAAUGCAUUCUUGUGCGUGACGAUGCAGCACGUCAGAGGUUACGCGACCAAGUUGGUGAGGUUGGACUGAUCAUGACGCUUUAUGAGAGCAAAGGCCUGGAAUUCAAUGAUGUGCUUUUGUACAAUUUUUUCGAGGAUUCUACUGUAGAUCUGUCACGAUGGCGCGUAGUUCUCAAUGGGGUAGAUGGUCAAGUAUAUGCACCGAACUUCGACCGAGACGAAGCGCGAUACGCUGGGCUCAAAAUUCUUUAUGUGGGAAUCACACGAGCAAGGAAGAACAUAUGGAUCGUGGACAAAUCUGACAGAUCGGAGCCGAUGCGUAUAUUCUGGACGUCUCGCAAUCAGAUCCAGAAUUGUACCCCCGGCACAGAUGUCCCUCAUCUAGCCGUCUCCUCGACUCCAGAAGAAUGGGCAUCCUUCGGGCGCUCACUAUUCUCGCACAAGCGCUACUCGCAGGCUAUCCACUGCUUCGAACGUGCCAACCUUCGUCGUGAAGUGAAGGUCUGUGAAGCAUAUCAACUGCGAGAAGUCGCACGUUCUAGUGUCGGCGUGGCCUUACUCAGCGACCAAAAAAGAGCUUUUAACGUGGCCGCCGAUGCCUUUACUGAUUGCGCGGCGACCGCGACAGGAAAUCAGAAGCUCCAAUACUAUCGUAACUCAGCGGAUUGCUACAUUCGAGCAGGAGAUGACUUUAAAGCUGCUGAGGCCUAUCUCGGUGCUCAAGAGUUCGAGCAAGCGGCGAAGAGGUAUCGCAAGGUUGGACGGUUUGACAAGACCCUCCAUGUCCUUAAUGACCAUGGCACGGAUAUACCUGAAGAGACCACGGCGGAGUUAUGGACUGUGUGCAGACUGUUUUACUUCAGCAGGACAGCUCGGCCCCCCUUGCCACUCUUCUCGACAUUUGAUGAGGAACUCGAAUUUCUGGAGGACUAUGAUCUCGAUUACGCUCGUGCCUCACUGCUUGAAUCUCACUCGAGGUACUAUGAGGCCGCAGAACUCCACUUGUCGGAGAAUAGGCCCUUGGAAGCUGUCCGAGCAUUCAUUAAGGACGACAGCAAGGACGAUUCUACUACCCGUGCGGCCGAUACUAUAUUGGCAUACUUUUGGCGCAAAUGCUCCUUCGGAAUCACUGCAAAAUCCGUUGUUGAUGAGCCAGAGUCAAUGCAGCAUUUCAUUGCUCUUGCUGAUGAGCUGGAGAUGAACAAACUAACGCCGGCCACGCGUGAUCUACUAUCGAUGUUCCAGAGCAUCUUGCGCGGAAACCAUGAGUCAUUGAGAAAUCUUGCGCUCAACUUCCAUGAACAGCAUAACAAGCCCGCAGCUCUCCUUUGCCUGGACCAUGUAUUCUCUCGAACCAUAGAUAUGCGAGCUUUCACGGUCGAUGAAAUGCGACGGUUCCUUCAACAGUUUCACGCCUAUGCGCGACUGCUCUAUCUGAUUUUGACCUUCCCCGACCCCAUGGAACAUAUGGGCAUCCGGAGACUAUUCUCCAUCGUGCGGCUGUCUGGUGACGAGUUUCUCAUACUAAAUGGAACGUUCCUGCACAACAAAAUUAUGGAGACUCGCCAGAACAUCACUUGGGCAUCGGAAACUCCGUCCGGGUAUACAGCCUCUCGUAGAAACGUCACCAAGUUGCUACAACGAUCUAUCCGAACAAUCUUGAAGGACAAAGUGUCGAGGAUCGAUGCCAAGUGUUGCGAGUCUCCCGUUUUCUCGCAAUGCCUGCAAUUCUUGAUAUCUGGAGUGUGUCAAAGAGAUAAGUGCCCUCAAGAACAUGUUGCAGUAUCGAAAUUGGAUCGCCAGUAUUACAACAACCGCGUUGCCAUCCACAUCUGGCAGAUUCUGAUCUUGCAAUUCAUGUAUUCUGCUCACCCAAAAAUUGACCGACGCAAAAGCAUGAGGGACUGGCUCAAGCAUCUCUACGAGGCUAUCAAUCCACCCUUAUUCAUUCAAGGUUCCCCUGCGGACCUCGACAUGAACCUGAUGCCUCUUCGUCGAGAUGGCAUGAAAGUGGUGAAGCUCUGGAUCUGCGAAUCAUUCUACUCGCUCGACCCAUUCUUUACCCAGGCUGAAUUUUUGACAGCGUUGAUGGGAAUAACCAGUCUAAGUUUUGCUUUUGACAAGGACGAUGCACCUGCCUACAUCUCUCGAGCAAAGUGUACGAUCUCUGGACCGCUAGACCUCGUUCGCAAGGGGGACAAACGCUAUAUGGUUCAUGACCUGCUUAGUUCUUACCAAGGAGCUUCCCUAAGCAGCAUCUCAUCGGGAAUCCUGUACCUUCUGCAUGUUCUAGAUAAUCGUUUAUAUGUCAACCUCUCGGUGUUGUGCGACUGUAUCGAGGACGUCUGCGGUGCUUUUAUAAUCAACUGGCGAAUCGACCCAUACUUCAAUAAGCUUCCCCUUCAUAACGUCGUGCUUCCAUGUAACUGGCUGCUGUUUCCCCACAAAUUCACUACGGAGAAAAAAACCAACCUGCCUUUGAUGGGCGAGCUUCUAGAUGAGAUAGCGAGGCUGGUCGAAGCAUUGCGCGUAGAAGCCGGCAUGGAUUUCCUCUGGCUGAACUACGCGAAAUUUACGCCCAUUCUGCGUAAUGUUUUCAUUUCCCGGAUCUGCAGGGUUCUCUGCCUUAUCGCUCAUCACAUCAGUCAUCCCCUCUUGAGAAACAGAGUAAACAAUAUCAUUCUUUCUCUGCACAAAAAAACCCCUCCUUCGAAUCGGCAUCCAGUUAAUUAUUGGAAACUCGUGGAUGACGUGGUCAAGUGCAUAACACCCCUGCCAGGAUGUACGCCACUUCCAGACGGUUAUCUGCGAGCUCUCCUGGCUUUCGACGACAAUAAAGGAGUAGGAAACCUGGUGCAUCUUGUCCACAAAAAGAUGAACCAAUAUACCCGAGUCAAUACUAGUAUAGGCCGACGGCUGGUAUACGAGAAGACCAUCGAGAUCCCCCAUCUCCUCUCAUCGUACGCAGUGAUCGCACAGUCUACCCCGAGAGUGGAGGCCCUUGCCUCUGUACCUCGCUUAGGACAUUCCAAGGACCGACCAGAGGUUAUGCAGCACGAUGAGAAAGAGAUAACAGAACCGCAACCUCAAGAGUUCGAAGGAGAGGGAGAAAGGGAGAGAGAAAGGGAAGGAGAUCUCACGGCGAAUGCUGAUACAGAGACCCGUGAUGCAUCGGAGACUUUGGAUGAGGCGGCGACGUUGCUUGCACCUGAUCUUGACGAGUCACUACGCACCAACGGACCAUCGGCGGAGGAAGAAGAGGCGGCUCGCAAAAUUCAGAACACGUACCGCCGUUACGUCAGACGCCGCUCGAGUCGUGCAGUCAAUCCCGAAAUCGAUGCGAUAUUCAUGACAUGCCUGAAGGAGACGCAGUCCCCUGAAUGGCGUCCGGGUUAUUACAGCUUGCUCUUCCUUGGACCAUUGCCUCACCUUCUGGUGUGCUUGGAGCGAGGCAUUGCUCUGACUCGAGCUGCCAAAACGAAGACAAAAGGCCUUUUCAACAAGGAGUCUCAUGAAAAGCUUGAAGAGUUGGGCAAGCAGAGAAGCGGGAUAGCAACGCUCCUCAGGAAGGGAUUGAAACUGCGCAAGCAGCUAGAACCUUCCUCAUCCGCUCAUCGUGCCCGUGACGUUGAUGCACUCAGAUUUGGAGUUCUAGAGGUCGAGGAAUUCAUGCAGGGGGUUCCGAGCAGCAUGAAAGAUAUGCAAUCUGACUUUCAAAUGGCCUAUAGGGGCAUUGUUGCAAAGAAGGUUCGCGCGGGAAAGGAGAAGGGGAGACCCGCUCUCAAUGUCGAGGGUAUGAACGACUGUUGAUUUCGUUUAGGUUGCGGAGAGUUGAGACUGUCCUUUCGUUGGUGUAUCAUAUAUCAUUUUGUACAGUGUAUUAGUCCUUCCCUGUGUUAUCCUGUCCGGUGCAUUGCAUGAGGCUUAUGAUGAGGAAAUGAGAUUGAUGGUGUACUGGAAAGACAUAAGGAAAGAGACAUAAGUGCGAAAUCACUAGAAGCAAAGGUGAAGUAGUUGUCCAAAUGCUGCAACGCUAAUUGU